GCUAUGACUAAGAAAUAAAGCUUCAGCGCAAAAUUGGGAUUCCGUUUUCCCAUCGUGUGUAAAUGGUAACAAUCCAGCUCCACACACGGAUGCUUUCUCUUGUCUUGACACCUGUUAGAUGAAGAGCCAAAGAAGACGUUUAAAACAACUGUCCAAUGUAGGGUGGCUGAACGCUGCUGCUAUUGCAUGAUUUUUCGUCGCGGUUGGACUGAGAGAGAAUACGGUCAACACAAUGGAAAGUAGUACACUAAAUGAGCAGAACUUUUGGCCAUUUAACGAAUCAUUGGGGAACUCAACCCUUGGCAACGGGACCAUCGGGGGAAAUCAAACAAACCCCCUGAAACGGAAUGAGGAGGUGGCUAAAGUGGAGGUGACUGUGCUCGCCCUGGUCCUGCUCCUGGCGCUGGCGGGGAAUCUGUGCGUCCUGGUGGCCAUUCACACCACCAAGCACACACAGUCCCGAAUGUACUACUUCAUGAAACACCUCAGCAUCGCGGAUCUCGUUGUGGCUAUAUUUCAGGUCUUGCCACAACUUAUCUGGGACAUUACUUUCCGUUUCUAUGGACCCGAUAUCCUGUGCAGGUUGGUGAAAUACUUCCAGAUCGUCGGGAUGUUCGCAUCUACCUAUAUGCUUGUUUUGAUGUCUAUAGACAGGUGCUUGGCGAUUUGUCAGCCGCUUCGGUCUCUGCACAAGCGAAAAGACCGUUUCUACGUGAUUAUCUCCUGGGUCCUCAGCCUAGUGUUCAGCAGCCCGCAAAUGUACAUUUUUUCCCUGAAGGACGUUGGUUCUGGAGUGUAUGAUUGUUGGGGUGACUUCGUGGAGCCCUGGGGUGCCAAAGCGUAUAUAACUUGGAUUAGCCUUACCAUCUACAUCAUACCAGUGGCCAUCCUGAGCCUAUGCUAUGGACUAAUAAGCUUUAAGAUCUGGCAAAACUUUAGAAUGAAAACCAAGAGGGAGCAGUGCAUAAGCCUCACCCCGAAGACUUCGAAAGGUCUUGCGCUCGCCCGGGUGAGCAGUGUAAAGCUCAUCUCCAAAGCGAAGAUAACUACAGUUAAAAUGACAUUUGUCAUAGUUCUGGCGUAUAUCGUUUGCUGGACUCCUUUCUUCACCGUGCAGAUGUGGACGGCUUGGGAUCCAACGGCGCCUCGAGAAGCCAUGCCCUUCAUCAUCUCCAUGCUGCUGGCCAGUCUGAACAGCUGCUGUAACCCAUGGAUCUACAUGUGCUUCGCAGGCCACUUGUUCUCAGACCUGAGGCAGAACUUCCUGUGCUGCUCGGCCCGCUAUCUCAAGUCCUCCCAAUGCCACUGCGAGCGUGACCAUGACUCCAGCCGCAAGAGUAACUCCUCCACCUACGUCAUCAAGAGCACCAGCAGCCAGAGGAGCAUCACACAGACCUCCACCACAUGAAACGCCCCGCAGGUCUCCCCCGCAGGUCUCCCCCUGCAGGUCCCCCCCGCAGGUCAGAACUGUGAAUCCCCCUUCCCAAACCUUCACCGCCGCCCCAAACCCAGACUUGUCCUUCCCCUUCUCUUGUACCGCUCCAGGGGAGACUCAUCUAAUACUAUUGCACUGCUUUUUUUUGUGUAUCAGACACAGUUGGUCAAGAAUAGAAUGAACAAUUGAUUGUUGUACAGAUGAAGCAGAUUUUUUUGGUGACAUUUUGUUGAAUGUCUCCUCUCACAGCCAAAUGUCCUGUCGCAGAUCAGAGUGAGUCAUCCAUUGAUUGUGUUUUCAGACUGAUGGAUUUACGUAUUUGGUCUGCGGAGGAGGACAGUAGGUGGUGAAUGGAAAAUGAAGGACUGACUGUCUGCCACUCCAAACCAAGGAAAGGAGAGGAGAGAGCUGUGUUCUCCUCACCAUGGACUUAAAGGCGAUUAACAUGCCUAAGACUCUGUGUCAAAAAGUUCUGUAAUAGUGGUUUGGGUUGUGAAUACUGACCAAUCCAGAGGGACAUUUUAACUUUGUCAACCUGAAGGUUAAGCUACUCUCCUGUUGCUUAUGUCUUGCUGCAUCGCACCAUGUUGUUAGUUCACACACACACACACACACACACACACACACACACACACACACACACACACACACACACACACACACACACACACACACACACACACACACACACACACACACACACACACACACACACACACACACACACACACACACACACACACACACAGUACGUUUCAACUAUCCAGUUUGUGAAAUGUCCUAGCUUUAUGACAAUGGCGAUAUCUGUCAAGUUGUUAAAGCGGCAAUCUGCAGUUGAAACAAUGACAAAGAGUUCUGCCUGCCCCUGUUUCGGUAAAAAGCUGAAAUGUAACCACUCUCAAAUUCAUAGAAAGCUAUGGAAACACGGACUGACCAUCCAUGAUAUCAAAAGUAUAAUUUGAGGCUAUAAAGUGUUUGUUUACAUUUACUUUGUUUCCAAACAUUGGAGUGAAACAAGCUUAUAUUUUGGGUUCUGAUUGUGUACGACAGUUGAUUUAAGCUUGAGUCAUUUAUAAUUAUAUUCUUUAAGAAUCAAUGUGUACAUAUCAUUAAUUUAUAAGUCCAAAAAAUGGAUGUAGCAACUGCAGAUUGCCCCUUUAAGGUUAACUUACUUAUUCUUACAACUCAACUAGCCACCAUUUCCCCCUAGGAUGAACACACACGUCCAAAUGUACUUCUAUGAAAACUGUGGUGUAUUUUGGCACGCAUUUGUUUUUCUACAUAAUUACUCUGUCUGUACUUUUUGAGUGUUAGGCUGGCGUCUUCUGUGUUGCUAAAUAUGAUUGAGAAAUGGAUUGCACACACACACUCAGAACACUCCGAAUUGGGGGAGAAACCUCAUUCUAUUCAAUGUAUUUUAGAAACUAUUGCAUAAAGAGCGUGACCUGCCUUAAUAUUGAAUCUACCUGACACACCGUUCCUUGAAAACAUAAAAAAUGUCAGUAUCAAAAGGCAGAAGUUGGCUUCUCCUUUUACUGUACAUGUUUUGGUUUUGGCUUAUGGCUACUGAACAUUAAGGCUACUGAACAUUUUGUAGAAAACAUAAUUGUCUUAUUUGUAUUUAGAGUGUUGUAUUUUGGAAAAGUAUCUCUUAUUUAUUUGAAAUAAAUUGUAUGU